UGACUCAGUCAUUCAACAAAUAUCCUUUUUUUAAAAAUAAUUAUAUUUCCAUUCUUCUAACGCGUAAUUUGGGUCUAUAAGAAUUUCCAUAAAUUCUCUUCAGUAUUUUUAAACCCACUUCAUUUUUGUUUUUCUAAGCUUGCUCAAAAAAUGAACCCACCAUUUCUAUGGCUUCCUCAUGCAAAAUCCAAUCUAUUUUCUUUACUUUAACUUUAUUUUUACUUUCCUUUACCCCUCAAAUUGAUUCCCUUUCCUCUGUUUCAAUUUCAUAUACUUCUAACCAAACAAUAGUUUGUGGGUUAAUACCUUCUUAUAAUCAACAAUCAUUCAUAAAUUGUACUAGUUUCCCAACUGGAAUACAAUUCCAUUUCCCUAACGUUUCAUACAAUAGGAUUGUAGGGGGGAAUGGGUUUCUUUGUGGAUUGAGAUCACAAUCUAUUUCAUCAAAUAUGUCAGCAAUGGAAUGUUGGAGAUUUGUGGGUAAUAAUAAUAUUUUGCACAAAAGAAUUUAUAAGGGUCCCAGUUUGAACGAAUUUGAAGCUGGGAAUUCUCAUGUUUGUGGGAAUGUAAAUGGGAGUAGUAAAAUUAAUUGUUGGUUGUGGAAGGAAAGGAAAUUUUAUUCUAAUACCCAAUUUUUUUCAAAAAUUACUGUUGGGGAUGAUUUUGUUUGUGGGUUGAAUGAAAAUGGUAAUGUUUUUUGCUUAGGGAAUGAUACAAAUGUUGUGGGAAAAGAGCCUAAAAAUGGUGGGUUUAGUGUUAUUGCUUCUGGGUUACAUCAUGUUUGUGCAAUUUCUUUGAAUGGAGGAUUGAAUUGUUGGGGGAAAAUGGUGGGAAAUCACGUAGAAGGGGAGUUGUUUAAGGAUUUAGCAAUGGGAGAUGAUAGAAUUUGCGGAAUUAGGGUUAAUGAUACAGUUGUUUGUUGGGGAAAUGGUGAUUUUAAGAUACCUAAAAAGUUGGAAGGGACUUAUUUUACAGGGAUUGUAGCAAAAGGGAAUGUUUUUUGUGGUGUUGAAAGUAAUAAUUUUUCACUGUUGUGUUGGGGGAAUGACAUUCUUGAUGGGAAUCAAUUGGUUUUUGCUAGGGUGAUGCCUGGACAUUGUGCUAGGCAAUGCCCAUGUAGUAGGCCUUUACCCGGGUCGGGUGAUCUUUGUGGGCAAGGAAUGGUGGUGUGUGAACCUUGUGGUCUGAUGGGGCAGUUGUUUCCGCCAUCUCUGGUUUCUGGACCGGCUCCAUCGUUGGAGCCUUCGAAGUCGGAUGGCGAUAAGUGGACGGCUAAGAUGGUUGUAUUGCUAGUAGUAGGUUGCUUUGGGUGCCUUUCAUUGGUAGCAUCUAUUGUGUUCUUUUUGUGGUAUAGAUAUCGAGAUACUGGGGGCAGUCGAGUGCAUGAUUCGGGACCAAUUGAGCUCGUUGUCGAGAAUCCCCUUGGACGACGAGGAGGGGAUCAACAAACAGCGGCCCCAGCAUUAGAGAAACGGUUGAGCCACAUGUAUAGUAUGGGAAAUGGAGGACACUUAGAAGAGUUUCCCUUAGAGGUAUUACUUAAAGUGACCGAUGGCUUCUCACAAGAGUGUAGGGUUGGGAUAGGUAGUUUUGGAUCGGUGUAUUGUGGGGUUUUAGACGAUGGGAGAGAAGUGGCAAUUAAGCGAGCAGAAGUGUCAUCAUCGAAUCCGUUGGCAGCCAAGCGUAAGCAAGAAGAUAGGGAUGUUGCAUUCAUGGCAGAGCUCGAGUUUCUGUCGAGGCUUAACCACAAACAUCUCGUUAGGUUACUAGGGUUUUACGAAGAUGCGAAUGAGAGAGUGCUUGUAUACGAGUUCAUGAGUAAUUUCACCCUCCAUGACCAUCUUCACAAGUUGAAGGGCUCCUCUCCGCUCGCGUCAUGGCCUAAUCGACUCCAAGUGGCUCUCGAUGCAGCUCGAGGGAUUGACUACCUACAUGCCUAUGCAGUACCAGCCAUCAUUCAUCGAGAUAUUAAACCAUCGAACAUACUGCUCGACAGUAAUUGGACUGCCAAGGUUUCAGACUUUGGACUAUCUUUGAUGGGACCACCAGACGGGGAGUCUCAUCUCUCUCUUUGGGCUGCUGGUACCUUAGGAUACGUCGAUCCUGAAUACUACAAGCUCCACAUAUUGACAACAAAAAGCGAUGUCUACAGUUUUGGAGUCGUACUCCUUGAACUACUUAGUGGAUGCAAAGCCAUUCAUACCAAUGAGGAAGGAAUGCCAAGAAAUGUUGUCGAAUUCGUGCUGCCAUACAUUAUGCGAGGCGAAAUCCAUAGAGUUUUAGACCAAAACGUACCACCUCCAUCACCAGUGGAGAUAGACGCAGUGCGGUUCAUAGGUUACCUUGCCGUCGACUGUGUCAGUCUCGAAGGCCGAAAUCGGCCUUCGAUGUCAGAGGUUGUUAGUUGCUUAGAAAGAGCCUUAGCAUCUUGUUUGAUUCAGCCUACACUCUCCCCAUCGUCGACUCAGUCCUCACAUUGACCAUUUCACCUUAUUGAAAACUCAAGGUUCCUAUUUUAUUUGGGGUUGGGGAUUAUGGCAAGGACCAAGUCCAAAUUUUUUGUGGGAGGACUUUUCAAUCAUUUGUAAAUCAAAUUCUUUCAUUUGUAAACAUUGUACAUUAUUUUUAACAUCCAUAGAAAUGUCUUCCAAGGAAAAAAAGGAACUAUCUUCUAUA